UUUAACCAGAUGGUAACGCUCUUUACGUACAAAUGUGCAGUCUGCUGGUCAGUUAGAAAACCAAAACAAAAAGCAAAUGAAUGAAAACAUCAAAGAAAAACUCCUUGUGGAAGCAGAGGAAGAUGACGCGUCUUCAGCUGAACAACAUCCCAGCUGCCCCCAUGGUCCCACAGUACUCUUCUAUCGCCAAAGUCAAACACCCGCAGAUGGUUUCUUCGCUUGUUCUGCGCAUCGUAAUCCAAAACUUUGUGAUUUUCGCAUGAAUCGUUUGGAUUGGAAUGGCAAUCAAUUGCCGCGUUGCUCUAAAGUCCUAGCUUAUUCUAAGACGAAUUGUGCACAUGAUUCAGAUCCCACCAGUCACCUGGAAGCGCUGUCACAAGAUGAUGUGCACGCUCAAUAUUUCUUUGAUGAGAACGCUUUGCGUUUCUUUGCAGAUCAGUGCCAAGCAUUAGACAUCAGUAAAGUUAUCUGCAUGGGCGCUCCACGCCUCCACUUUCAUUUGCGGCGCAACAAGAAUAUUGCAAGUUUUCUGCUCGACUUCGAUGAUCGGUUCGGUAGCUAUCUGAGUCCAAAGGAGUUCUGCCUCUAUAACAUGUGCAAUAAUCAUUUUUUCUACGCUCGUCAACCCUUCGAGGACUUUCUUAAAUGUGACCAAAAUGAGCGUGUCUUAAUUGUAACCGAUCCUCCAUUUGGCUGCCGCACCGAGCUCAUUGCUCACACUCUGCGCUCCCUGAUGCGGCUGCAUAACAAAAUCAAUGGCCUGCCAGUGACACCAUUGGCCAUCUUUUGGGUCUAUCCCUACUACAUGGCCAAUUAUAUAAAGCAGGAUAUGCCAGAACUUCAAGUCUGCGACUACAAGCUUAACUACACCAACCAUACCCGCUACACCAAUGUAGGAGCCUCCCGACGUUGCCACGGCUCACCAGUGCGCGUCUUCACUAAUGUGCCACUGCAACUGCUUCGGCUGCGUAUCGAUGAAGGUUACAAGUACUGCGAGAGCUGCCAACGAUUUACGGGAGUGGAGAAUGUACACUGUAAUCGCUGUGGCAAUUGUUGUGCACAGAAUGGCCAAACCUACAGACACUGCACUAUCUGUGAUAUGUGUGUGAAACCCAAUUAUGUACACUGUCCAAGCUGUCGUCGUUGCAGCCAAGUCGAGGGUCACAACUGCAAGUUGUAUCAAUCGAAGCAGCUCUGUUGGCUGUGUGGCCAUCGGGGUCAUGUUGAAAGCAAUUGUCUAACUUGGUCGCAGUUGCGGCACAAGCGGAAUAUACAUACACACGGCUGCAUGAUUUGUGGCCAAAAACAGCACACUGAACGCAAUUGUAAACAGCGUGGACGCUAUUUUAAGGAAUCCCAGUUUAUGGGCCAAACAACGAUAGCACUGCGAAAGCAUUAAAAGUACACACAACCUUGUUCUGUUUAGGUUUUUAAACACACUGUUUUAAUACGAAAAAAUCAUUUGUUCUUAACACACAUCAGCAUGAAGCAUGUCCACCAUAAAUUGUGGAAUGCAUUUUUAAUGUCUAUGCCACAAAAUCAAAAAAAAAAUUGUUUUGCAGCAAUUUGAAGUAAAUUGCAAA